UAUUAUCUUAUUAUCUGUUUUCCGGGCUCCAGCCGCGCGACCCCGCUGCUCAAACAUCUCCCUCCGCCCUUCUGUAGUUGAAAUAUACAGUGGGCGCCUGCUUUACCUUCACUCCCACUCGCCCGCUCAUGCAAGCCCACUCUGACCUCGACGAGGACCGCUGCAGCGCGAUGGGGGAGGGACUCGCUCAAGGUCACGGAGCUAGAUAUUUAGGAUCCAGGCCUGUCUCAGCUCUCGCCCUGCUGGAGGAUGCUACUUGGAGAGCAAGGCAGAACUGUUUCAGGCCCCCAGGCCGGUGGAGGCAGCCCCCGCAGGCGGCAGAAGGCUCGGAGGCGCUAGACUUGUCUGAGCCGCAGAGAGGAAUAAAGUUGACUAUGGAGACUAGAGGCCCCCUGGCCGUGUCGCAACCGCUGCUGUUGCUGCUGCUGCUGCUGCUACCGCCUCACACCCACGAGGGACUGGCUCUGGGACGUUUUCCCCCCACCCAGAGGCCCCAGGACCCUCCUGAACUGCAUCUCAUCAAUGGCACAGGACAAGAACCUGUCACCAUCAUGACUUUUGACAUCAACAAAAUCAUGAAAAUCUCCUCCUCCUUUGAACUUCGAACCUGGGAUCCGGAGGGAGUGAUUUUUUAUGGGGAUACCAACCGUAAAGAUGACUGGUUUGUACUGGCCCUUCGGGAUGGCAGGCUGGAGAUCCAAAUGCACAAUCCCUGGGCCCAACUCACCGUGGGUGCUGGGCCCCGGCUGGAUGAUGGGACGUGGCACCAGGUGGAGGUGAAGAGCCUUGGGGACUCCCUGCUGCUGAGGGUGGAUGGGGAGGAGGUGCUGUGCCUGAGGCAGGUCUCUGGGAUGCUGGCCAACAAACCCCAGCCCAUCAUGAGGAUUGCGGUGGGGGGGCUGCUGUCCCCCCCCCCCAACCUCCGGCUGCCGCUGGUCCCUGCCCUGGAUGGCUGCCUGUGCCAGGGUAUUUGGCUGGACCCGUGGGCCCAGACUUCAGUUUCCACUCGCACUGGUUUCAGAGGCUGUGCUGCAGAGUCCCAUCCUGGGAUAUUCUUCCCUCCAGGGACUUGUGCGGAGUUCAGCCUCCAAGAUAUCCCCCAGCCUCAGGCAGAACCCUGGGCUUUCUCUCUGGACCUGGGGUUCCAGGUGGCGGCUGGCACUGGCCACCUCCUUACCCUUGGGACCCCAGAGAACCCUUCUUGGCUCAGUCUCUACCUCCAAGAUCAAAAGGUGGUACUGUCUUCUGGGCCUGGCCCAGGGCUGGACCUGCCCUUGGUCUUAGGUCCCCCUCUGCAGCUGAAGCUGGAUAUGUCCAGGGUGGUCCUGAGCCAGGGGUCAACAAACCAGGUCCUUGCUAUGCCUCCCGAGGACCCUGUCCCCCUCCUCAAUCUCUGGGCCCAGCCUCAGGGGCGCCUCUUCCUGGGGGCUCUGCCAGGAGAAGCCUCUUCUGCCUCCUUUUGCUUGGACGGCCUUUGGGCCCAAGGCCAGAAGCUGGACAUGGACGGGGCCCUGAGCAGAAGCCAGGACAUCUGGACUCACAGCUGUCCCCAGAGCCUGGGCAAUGGCACCGACACCUCCCAUUAAAUCCCUGCUUAAAAACCA